AUGUCUGGAGCUAAAGUAAAAAUGCGGGAAAAGAAGAUGAAGAAUCAGCCUGCCAGUGUGCAAUAUCCAUCUUCUCCUCUUAGCAUGGAGACAGGCACACGGAGUGGAGAUAACACUCCUAUCACAGAAAGGCAGAUGAAAGUUCCCCACAAAGGCGGGUGGGUCCGUGGACAUCAAAAAGAUGGAAGUGGUUACUCCAAAGAGAUGCCCAAGUACAUCACUGCUGGAGCUUUUGCCAGGGCCAGAGCCGCAGAGGUCAGUACCAUGUUGAAAGCGGUGACCAAGACAACGGGCAGCAGCCAAGUGUUCCAAGCGCUUCCCAGACACAUGCGAAGACGGGCCAUGAGCCACAACACCAAACGGCUUCCACGCAGACUGAGGGACAUAGCCAACAGAAUGCGGGAGAAGAGCCUCCAGGCUGGCCAAAAGAAGAAGAAGGAACUGGCGAAGAGCAAAAGCCGGAAGGCUCGCAGGCGACAUGGAAACCUGCUGUUGGAGUUCAACCGCCGGCAACGGAAAAAUAUUUGGCUGGAGACUCACAUCUGGCACGCCAAGCGCUUCCAUAUGGUUAAAAAGUGGGGGUACUGUCUUGGGGACAGGCCCACGUACAAGUGCUACCGGCCAUGCUACCGAGCCAUGAGCAGCCACUGCCUCCUCCAGGACCUUUCUUAUUACUGCUGCAUAGAGCUGCAGGGACAAGAGGACAAACUGUUGUAUGCUCUGUCACAGAUGACCAGCAAAGAAGCAGGGCCCACAUUUGCCGCAGCCCUGUGUCUGUCGGGCACCAGACAGGGCAUUGUGACGGUGUACAGAGCCGGACAGUACCCCUCACAGCCUCUGGGCCCGGUCACCUUCCUGUGGAGACCACGAACAGACGGCUCAACUCAACGGCAGCUGUGGCUCUGGGCUCAUCCCACUCUUAAACAGGAUCUUCUUCCUGAAUUACAAAGUGUGUGUCAGUGUUGUGAGGCUGUGGUGCCCCCGGUUCCACCGGUCGUCACCCCAGCAGAGGGUAGUCCACCACCACAAGCGGAGCCUGAAAACACCUGUGAAACCGUGCCGAUACCUGGAACAAAGACAAAACGGAGAUGUAAAGACGGCAGCGGCCCUCCUGCGAAGAAAAUCUGUGGAGAUGGAACCAGACUGCCCGGUACUCCGGUCACCUGGAAGUCCAGCUCAACCGGAAUAGUCAUAAAUGAUCUUACAAUGGAGGUUAUCCGCUACCGCCUGAUUGGACCUCAGUCGCACACAGUGCUAGUGGAAACUUUGAAUGCAGCAACGGAUUGUGAUGGGGUCAGCAAGUCCGAGGUGAACGGUCCCCUCUGGUGGCCUCAGCACUGCAAAGAUGAGAACCAAAUGGCUCUACAUAAAAAGCAAACGGAUGUUUUUCACAUUUUAAAUGGCGUCCACUCGACCGGAGAGCUGCCCCCAGGCACAGUGCUGGGGCUCACUGUGGAUGACCCCAGGCUGACUUUACCUACAAAGAAGGUUAAAGCUUUGCCCUGUGUAAAUCAGGCCCAAGAGGUGGAUGAGGAGAAGAGCAGGCAGCUGAUUUUACGAGGAGUUCCAGAAGACUGCUGUCGGAGUUCACUGUGGGAGGCGUCUGUCCGUGAUAACGUCACUGAUAACAAGAUAUCCGAACAGGAGCUGAAUCGUAUGAAGAGUGAGGUGCUGGUGCCAGGCUCCAGGCUCAGCCCGACUCCUCCACAGGGCCGCAUCCCCAUUCUACUGGUUCAUCAGCCUGGCAAACAGGUGGGGAAUGAGAUGAGCGGCUGGGGAGCUGGAUGGGACCUGCUCCUACCUAAAGGCUGGGGCAUGGCCUUUUGGGUCCCAUUGGUGUACAGAGGAGUCCGUGUUGGCGGACUUAACAUGAGCCUGAAACACUCCCAAAAUAAAGCCGCUCCCCAUUUUCCCCACGAUUAUCCGGACUGCCCUGCAGGUGUGCGUUUUCAGGAGGAGCAAGAGGCCAACCUCCUGGACAAAUUCAAAAGACGUCCGCCCGCCAAGAGGACCAAUUACAUUAAACAUGGCUGUCUGGCUCCGUUCCGUUGCUCUUGGCAACAGCUGGCAGAGGAGUGGGAGCUCCUCGCGAGGGAAGGAGGAGGGGAGGGGGGAGGAGAUGAGCAGACCCAAAGCACAACAAACACUGAUGUCGUGAUGAAGACGAUGACUAGGUCACAAAGUAUCACUGUGACUAAGGUUCCAAGCAUCUUCACUGUACUGAGGAAUAGAAAGUCUCUAAGGCUUCUUUGCGGUUGGUGCAGACCCACGUCGUCCAGAGAUCGGAGGUCAGGGCGUGUUGGGGAACUGCCCCCCCUCAGCUGCUCAGCUGCCGCUUCUUUUACCGCCGCACACGGAAUGAGCCUGGUGUGGGUGCGCGUGUCCCUGCUGACCAAGGGCAGACCUGAGCAGCACGCUCUGCUGUGCGCGCCAUCUGCAGAAGAUCUGAAGCUACUGGGCAGAAAACAAGAGAGCAGUGGCCCUCUGGAGCCCCCACACAGAGACAACUUUAAAAGCGGAAUUAAACGUCAGAAGAAGGGCGCCAAGAAGGCUCCACCUUUAUCCUCUGAAAGCAAAGAAUCAGACGUUGCCUCUAAAACAGACCCAGCUCCAUCUGAAGAUACCAAAUCAUCUCUUCAGCCUUCUUCAGAUCUCAUCUUGGGGAUUUGGCCAGAUCCCCUGCCAAGUAUCAUCUCGCACUGCUCCCGGUUGACCCUGGGUUGGGUCACUCAGGGGGAUUUCUCCCUGUCCGCAGGUUGCGGGGAGGCUCUCGGGUUUGUCAGCGUCGCGGGGCUCCUUAAUACCCUCCUCAACCAGCCAGCGGAACACAGAGGGAAGCUGCUGCUGCGCAACCCCACCUCCCUGCACUACCGCUUGGCCAAAGUACACAUAGAGGUGUGA